AUGACGAAAAAUGUGGAAGACCUAAUAAAUCAAAGUGUUGUUUUGCUAACUCGGAUUCCGAAGUACUCUUAUACAACGCCAGUUGUCCCCAAUGUCAUCCCCGAGGUUAAGAGAGAAGUGCAUAAUAGCCACACUAGUGGGCGAUGCGAAAAGGCUGAAAAAACAGCUUCACCAUUUACCGACCAGGUGGGCAAUUAUCGUCUCCCGAAAAAGUUCAAGGUCCCUGAUAUUGCAAUCUAUACCAGACUUGAAGAUCGAAUCGAGCACAUUGAAAACUACCAAUCACAUCUAGAUCUCCAUGGUACAUCAGAUGAGAUAGCAUGUCGAGCCUUCCCACUCACACUAUCAGGCAAUGCCCGGGAGUGGUUCACGAAGCUUCCUCCGAAGUCUAUCAGCGACUUUGAUGCUCUCGAUAAGAUCUUCUUAACACAGUUCUUGGCAGGUUUAACAAGGAAGAAGCCCGUAAGAUGUCUGAUGUCCUUACACCAGGGCCCUGAUGAGCCCUUAAAGGACUACAUAAUGAGGUUCAAUCAAGAUAAGCUUGCUACAGAGAAUCUGACAGAAGAACUCAUCUUUGCAGCUUUGUACCAGGGAAUCAGAAACAAUGGGCCCCUAAUGGCAGAAUUGGCUCGAAAAUUGUCGUAUUCCCUUCAAGAGUUUAUGGGCAAAGCUAAGGAGUUCAUAAACCAAGAAGAGACGCUCUGGGCCAUGCUUAGACCUGAUUCGUGUUGGGUAUCAACCUUUGAGAUGCCAAAAAAGAAGAAGAAGGUCGAUCCGGAGGAAAGCAAGACCGACCUCAAGCAGAGGGAGAAGUUUGCAAAUUACAACUUCACUCCCCUCAAUGCUCCAAUCACCAAGGUCCUCAUGUAG